GAGCGGCUGGGCUGACCCUGGAGAGGUGUCAGGUGCCCGAGGCCUCCUGCUGGGGUCCCUCUCUCCGCUGGGGAGGUCGGGUGUCUGCUGGAACCCAGGCCUUGCAGGCGACAGGCUCUCGCUCUGCUCUCAGGCCUCCCCGGGGGCUGCUUGGGGCCGGACUCUGGCUCAUGGGGCCUUGAUCCCCAGCCCCGUACAAUGCUGGGCGGUGGAGCCCUGCGAGGUCUCCGCGGGCGCCUGGCUCCGCCUGGGCUCCUCUCAGCCGGCUCCCCGCGCCGCGCGGCCGCCGGAGGGCGAGGCCGAGCGGCGCCGCGGCGGCCCCACUGUCCGCGGCGGCGCCGGGGGUGGCGGCCCCGGCGAAGGUCCGAGCCGGGCGGGCCCUGGACGGCUCGGAGGGGCGGGGCCGGCCGGUGGCGGCGGACGGGUAGUCAGGACAACCGACCGCCUGCUGGUCUCCGGUGCCCAGCUGAGCGCAGCGAGCCCGGCUCAGGGGACCCGGCCGGGACGCGCUCGGGGCAAGGUCACUGCAACAGUGACCUGGGGGCGGCCCGCGGGGUCCCGAGCCGCGAGCGGGACGCGCGAGUGCUCAGGAAAGUCGAGAGCUGGUCUGGCCUCUUCGGCCUGCCCCCGUCAGCUCCACCGCCCCAGGCCCAGGACCCGCCUGUCAACGGCUGCCACGGGCCGGCCCCCACGGAGGGCGACACAGAGGCGAUGCAGCUGGGGACAGGCCCCCCGCCACCUCCCAGUGGGGACCAGGCCCCUGGGACCGCCAGCCCCGAGCCGCCCCUGCUGCCCGCCGGAAGCCUGCCCCCGUUCCCGCCCUAUUUUGAAGGCGCCCCCUUCCCUCCCCCACUCUGGCUGAGGAACACGUACCGGCAGUGGGUGCCACAGCCGCCCCCCCGGGGCAUCAAGAGGACACGGAGGCGCCUGUCCCGCAACCGCGACCCUGGCCACCUGGCCCUGAGUCCCAUCCGCCUGCGGCCCCGCCAGGUGCUCUGCGAGAAGUGCAAGAGCACCCUGAGCCCCCCAGAGGCCAGCCCUGGCCCCCCGGCCCCCCCACAGCCGCGCAGGGAGCCCCGAAAGCCCGAGGACCCCAAUGGUGGGGGUGACACCACCGCCAAGAGGAGGAAGAGGGAGAGGCGGCAGGAGGCGCGGGCCCGGGUCCCCCGGAGCCCGGUCAUCAAGAUCUCCUACAGCACGCCCCAGGGCACCGGCGAGGUGGUGGAGAUCCCCUCCCGCGUGCACGGCUCGCUGGAGCCCUUCUGCCCCCCGCAGGCCCCGCCCGGAGGCCCGGACCCCGAGGUGCCUGCCUCCAUCCCCAAGCUGAAGCUGACACGGCCCCUGCCCCCCAGCGCUGCCCCGCCGCCCCCCAAGAUCCGCCUGAAGCCCCACCGCCCGGGGGCUGGCGAGCAGGAGCCCGUCUACAAGGCCGAGCUGGUGGAGGAGCUCAAGGGCUGUGGCCGCGGCCCCCGGGCCGGCUCACCCGCGCCCCUGGCUGACGGCUCUGCCCGCUCUGGGCUGGCGGACUCGUCUUCUGGAAGUUCCGGCGAGGACGACGACUGCAAGGGGUGUCCCCGAGGCGAACACGGGCGUGACGGCCUGGCUUUUCUCGCCGCCUGCCCCCGGAGAACUGGCUGUGCCAGCGUGUCGGUGUGCAGCAGCGACAGCCUGGACGAGUCCAAAUCGUCCAGCUCGGAAGUGACGUCACCAGACAUGUGUGACCUCUCGUCUGGCGACGGUGCGUCUGUGCCGGCCUCGUCCAAGGACGCGCGGCCGACGGUCCCACCCCUGACGGUCAGGCUGCACACGCAGAGCGUCUCCAAGUGCGUUACCGAGGAUGGAAGGACCGUGGCCGUAGGGGACAUCGUGUGGGGUAAGGUUCAUGGUUUUCCCUGGUGGCCAGCACGUGUCCUGGACAUCAGUCUUAGCCAGAAGGAGGACGGCGAGCCCUCCUGGCAAGAAGCGAAAGUCUCAUGGUUUGGUUCUCCAACUACAUCGUUCUUGUCUAUUUCAAAACUCUCCCCUUUCUCUGAAUUUUUCAAACUGAGAUUUAAUCGUAAGAAGAAGGGGAUGUAUCGGAAAGCUAUAACAGAGGCUGCCAAUGCCGCCCGACACGUGGCCCCGGAAAUAAGGGAGCUCUUAACCCAGUUUGAAACGUAACUUGGGUUCCGACCAGGUGAGUGUGUGCGCGGAGGGCGGCCUCUCUCCGGCCGUCCCAAGCCCGUGUCUGCAUCUGGGCUGUCCCUCCGCCCUGGGCCUCGGUGAGCCAGGGGGACGUGGACGCCCCUGGCCAUCUGGCUCGCUGCUCCGAAGGGGGCCGUCUGGACAAUCGCCCCGCUUGCUGGCAACAUUGUCCAGCGUUUUGAUUCACAGAAGAGGUGCUUUCAAAGCAGGCGAGUCGUCAGCCACCUGUUCAGAGAACAGAGCUAGUUUGUGUUUUGCGGCCAUUUUGCAAAGGACCGUAAAAGGUCUCCUUGCUCUUUUCGUUUGCCUUUGGAGAAAGGAGACGGUUUCAAAGGUGGCGGCUCUGACUGAGGGGGCGGUGGUGAGCGCAGUGGGGGGCUUUCUCUGUUACUCACUCUUCCCAGGCUGCAGCCGGGGCCUCCCUCCCUCCCCUCCCCAGCCUCCUGCUUGCAGGUGCGUCCAGGGGUCUGACUUUGCCCGAAGGAGGAAAGUCACCGAGCUGCCUGCCCUCAGAGGUAGCGCCUACGGCCCAGCGCUGCUCUGCUGCUGCCAGUGGGGGCUCCCCUCUGUCAGCCGGCACGUGGGUCCUGGACAUUGGUGCCCGGGGGCUCCAGGCUCCCGGUGGCGGGGCCGGUGCUCUGGGAUCUGUCCCUGGGCCAGUGCCUCGCCCUCUGUCUCUGCCCCCAGGAGACCUUUGUAGGAUCCCAGCCACAGGCCUUAUGGAGCCUCUGUGGGGUUGGGGGUGUCACCACCUGGGGUUGGAAGCCUCACCUUGCACAGUUGCCGUGUCACCAGGUGGGGUGGGGCAUCACCGUGUGGCGUGUCUGGCGGGGUGUCCGGAAACGGCCGAGGGGCUGAGGGCGUCUGCCAUGAGCUUCCCCUGGGCCCCGAGGUGCAGGGAGAUGUGGGUGUGCUCUCAUCUGGUGGCUGCCACCAGCUCUGGCCUGGGCAGCGGGGUGUGUCCAGCGGGUCACUGGCACUGGUGGCCACUCUUCCCAGGUCUGACUGCCCCCUCUGUCCUCCCCUCGUUGGUCCCGGGCAGGCCAUGGUCCCCCGAGGCUCCAGGCCGCCUGGGUGGACCAGAGGGGACAUGACAGGGUCCCCUGUGAGGGGCAGCCUGUGGGGUCAGUGCUCUUCCUGGCCCAGUGGCCUCGUGCUCACGCCCACAGAAGCAGACGGCAUGGCACGGGGCUGGCCCGGAGGACGAGCUGGGCCUCUGCCUUCACCUCCGGACCCUCGGGUGACCUUGUGUGGCCUGGCUGCCCUGCUCACCCACCUGUCUGUGCCAGUUUCCCGGGUGACGUGAGUUUUCAGGGCUGGGCAAGCCCAGCUCACGUGGCUGGGGAGGGGCUUUGUGGAGUGCUGGUGCCCGCUCCCUGCUGUGCCGGGUCCAGCGGGGUCCUGAAGAAGCAGUGAUGAGGGGCACGUCUGGGCCGGGGUCCCUGCCGGGGCUCCUGAGGCCUUGUCCCCACCCCUCCCCCACCUGCUUCCCACGUCACCUCCAGCAUGGCUCCCCGGAUUCCGGGCACGAACUUCUCCUGUUGGGAACCAGGCACAUCCCCCGUCAGUUCUGGCCUUCGUGUUGGGGCGUGGGCGCGGCACCGACCUGGGGGCAUCCAGGCAGCUAGGGUCUCAGGUGAGGGCGGUCAGCUCACCUGAGGAGCAGCGGUCCAGAGAGAGUCCAGAUGCCCUGGCAUCGGGCUUCCUAGGGCAUCUCCCUGCUGUGGCCAGGCUGAGGGACAGCCCUGGCUGCGGCCACGUCCGCUGGCCUGGGGACCACCGGGGAUGGGGGGGCCCUGCCUCUCUCUGUGCCCUUCUGCUCCUGGCCCCGCCCCUCUGCUCACAGGGCCCAGCCGUCUUUGGCCUGGUGUCAGGCAGCUUGCCCACGUGCCCCUGCUGUGGGCAGAGGCAGCCCCGUGGGUUCAGGGCUCUGUAUCAGGAAGCAGAGGAGGAAUCCCGCCGGACGGGUUUGCCUGCUGCGGGGCCUGUGCCCCCCGCCCCCGCGGGGUGUGGGGCUUUGGGGGCGCGGCGGGGCGGCCUGGAUCCUCUCGCGCCAAAGCACCAAUGGUUUAGGCUGAUGGGCUUCUGGGUUUUGUUUCUUGAGGCUUAAAGACUGAGCUGAGGUUGUGCCAGCCAGUGGCUGAUCUGCUGGCGUCAGCAAGCCUGGGCCUCGUGCUCAGGUGGGGUCCGCGGUCUCCUGGUGGACACGUUUGCUUGCAGGUGUCAAGUGUCUGGGGAGCAGCCGUCCAGGCUGCUCCUUGCAGGGGAAGCAGGGGACUGCCCUCACCGGGGAAGGUGGGCUUCCCCAGACAAGCUGAGGGCUGCGGGGCUGGUGCAGGAGGGUCCCGGCAGAGCUUGGGUGAGGUGCUUGCUGGUGGCAGUGCCCCGUGGUGGUGCUGAGGUAGGGGCCAGGGUCACCAGCACCCGGGCACGUCCUGGCAGGAGGAGGGACCUCCCAGCGGGCGUGGGCCCCCCGGGCCCCCCACGGGAGGGCUGGGAGGCUGGCACAGGGCCCUGGAGCUCGGCCGGGAGGCCUGCUGGGGAAGGUGGUUCUCCCGGCCCCACCCACCGGCCACCCCGGCCUGGCCCAGCUGACCCUGCAGACACCUGAGGACGGCUGAGGCGGUGCCAGGGGCUCCUUGGGAUUUGGGCUGUCCGUGCUGCCCACAGGUGUGUCAGGAGAGUCUCAGCAGAUGUGGGGCUGGGCCCCUUCCACGGGCGUGUGCCCAGCACCUCUUCCCCGAGAGACUCUGCCCCCUUUGCAGGGCUGCUGGAGGCUCGGCUAAGAGGUGGGUGCCCACGCGGACGUUGUGAGAGUUGCGGAGCCGGCCUGGGGCCUGGCGGCCAGGGCGCUGGGGAGAGGCCAGUGGGGCUGGCUGGGCACAGGGGCUCUGAGCAGGCACCUCCCCCAGGGUGCUCGUGUGCCCCGUUGGGGCGCAUCUCCCGAGGACUCCGGGCCCUGCCCUGGCCCCAGCAGGCUGGCGACUCUGAGCCCCCGUUUCCCCAUCUGUCUCUGGGUAGGGGGGGAGUGAGGGGACUUGUCUGCAGCCGGCUUUCCAGCUCUGCUUUCCCGGGGGUCCUCCCAUGUCCCCUCGGGGUGGGGCCGGGGUCGUGCUCCUGACUGGAUGGGCUGGGCAACUCCUGCUGCCCACUGGUCAGGGGGGCAAGGGUCCUGCAGGGGGGACAGGGAUGCCCUGAGUGCGGGGCUGGCCCCCCAACCUGACAGGUGACAGCGACUCCUCCCGGGGGUGGUGUGACCCCAGGCCUCUUCCUCUCAGACCCGGUUACGUGCCUCUUCUCUCCCCACCCACCCACCCACCAAGGGGUCGGCCUACCGAGGACUGAAUGCUCUGCUGGAUGGGGGACAGAAGUGUGCACAGUCACCGAGGCCUUUGUCUGGGGGGCUGGGGAGAGGGCUGUGACUCAGAGUCCCCAGAUUCGUGCAUAAUCACACACAGGAAUGUGCUGAGGGGGGACAAGGGCCUCCCAGCAGAGUGUCUGGUGAGGAUGCUGAUUUGGACUGGGGAUCUGGGAAGGCUUCCUGGAGGAGGUGACAUAUAGCUGAGAUUAGAACAGUGGGCUAAUCAUGAGCUAAUAGGGUGGGGAUGAGCAUCUGAGGAUGCAAAAGGAGCAGCACGUGCUGGGGCCCGUGGCAGAAGGAAGGUGGGCAUGUCCUUAGGGGUGGGGAGAGGCCCAGUGUGGGCCUGGUGGCCUGAGGCCCCAGCUGUGGCCUUAUCCUCAGAGUAGGGGUGCCAUGGGAGAACUUCAAGCAGAGGGUGGAUGGUCCUGUGCUCUGGGACAGCAGUGUGAUGGGGGCCGGAGGCUGGAAGGAUGUGCCAGAGGACGGAGGCUCAAACAAGGAUGGGGCGUCAGAGGGCCACGGGGAGCAGGGGGCAGAGGCCCAGGGGACGGGCUGGGCUGCUGGGAACUCGGGGACCGCCAUGCCCCUCGCCGGCCGUGGAGGGGGUACUCCGGUUGCCGGCAUGUGAACGCCUGGGUCUCAGCUGGGAGGAGUCUCGGGGUCCAGCCUCAGAGGAGCCUUGGGGCCGAGUGGUGGAUUCAUGGGAUGACGUGGGUGAGGACGAGGCCGUGGGUGAGCACAGAUGGGCUGGGGCCUCGCCCAGCCCGCGGGCACCACCCAGGUGAGGGCAGGUGGUGAUGGAGCCGUCCGUUACCAGGUGCACGGUCACUGGGAGCGCACCCCAAGGGCCUGGGAGGUGCGGUGACGGGUGCUUUGGUGUCCUGGGAGCCGUGACAGCUCAGAAUGCCACCCAAUGUCCCAGCCUCUCAGCCCAGUGGGAAAUUCACAGGCCCCGUGUGAGCUGGGAGGGUCCAGGGCUGGGGCCCAACCUCCCGUGGAACCGCAGGGGCCCUGGCCCCUUCCCUUCCUGCCCGAGUGGCCGGGCCGCUGGCCAGCAGGGAACUUUCGGGGCUCACUCCGCGGGCAGCUCCGAGCGCUGGGUUUUUUGGUUUCUCUGAGUGGAGGGCACCCUUGGGGUGAGCCUCGUCCCCUAUGAAACUUCCUGUGGCGCUGGUACAAAUGACCUCACGCUGGGCAUUUGGAAACACCAGAAAUCUCUUCCUAUGGUUCUGGAGGCCAGAAGCCCGAAGUCAAGGUGCCGGCAGGCUGUGCUGCCUCCGAGGCUCCAGGGGAGGGUCCUUCCUGCCUCUUCCAGCUCCUGGGGGCUCGGGUGCUCCCGGGCCUGUGGCCGCAUCAUGCAGCCUCUGCCUGCCCGGUGACGGGGGCCUCUCUGCUGUGACGCGUCCUCCCUGCCGUCCUCCAUGAGGACCCUGUGAGGCGUUUAUGGGCCACCUGCUUAGUGCAGCCUGAUCUGCUCAUCUCAAAGCCCUCAUUCCAUCACACUGGCCACACCUGUCCCAUGGAAGGUGACGGCCCGGGUUCCAUGGUCGGGGCCCCACUCGCCUGCUGCGUCCUCUGCCCACUCGGCAGGCCCGUAUGGGUCCACGCACAGCGCGUGCGGGGAGGCCGUGCACGGAGGCCGUGCACACGGGCCAGCGGUGGCACCAGGGCCGCUUUCGGCUUCCCAAGGUGACUCUCCCGGGAAACAGAGACAUCCGCGGGAAGCCAGCCCGGACCCGUGCUGCCCGGCUGUGGCGGCCACCCGCCCGGCCCCCCCGGGAGUGCUGACUCGGCGCCCAGUUCCCCAGCGGAGGCGUCCAGAUCCCGUCUCCAGGGGCCACUUCCCUUCUGUGCCUCUUCUAGAACGGUAUCCUCAAGGCGAAUGCCCCAAACGGGCUUUUCUCUCUUCCAGUGCUAAAUAAAGAUGUACUUCUGCUUCUCA